AUGUCUCACGCUACUACCGCAGACGAGACACCCGCGUCUCAACCCUCCACGGGCGAGCCGACCGACCCGGACCCUUCUACCUCGUCGCGGUCUCCCUCUCGUGCAUCCUCUCGCACCCAAUCCAAGAAUACUCCCCUCCUCACUCUCGCCCCGACCGGCCGCCAAACGCCACAGGACGAGGACAUCCCUGCCAUCUGGAACGUCAUCUCCCGCGCGCAAGACGUCGUCAAGGACGCCGAGCGGCUCGAGAAUCUCACGUGGAGGCACUGGGGCAGACCACAGCGCCGCCGCAGGUCGAGUUCCAUCGACACGGCGUCUUCUGCCAGUGUGCACACACCUCAUGAGCCUGGGCCUAUCCGUGACAAGAGUGCCGAGCGCCGCUCAUUCGCCGGCACGCUGAAACUCUUGGUCGAGGACGACUCGAGCUUCAAGGACUGGGUUGGCAGCGCCAAGAGCCAGCAGCAGCAAUCCAGCAACUCGCUUUCACCCUCUCGCUCCAUUGCCGACUCUCACGGUACCUCGGAUUCGCAGCGAACGCCGCACCCGCAUCAGUUCGGUCUCGCCUUACCGCCAGAGACGCCGACCGCGGGCUCGCUUCAGUCUCAGCACUCGCCACACGCCGUCGGCGCGCUGACGCCUGUCCCGGAUCUGGAGAUCCGACUCGUCGAGCCGACUCCUGUGCCGAGCCGCGUUGGAUCGCUCGGAGGUGUAGCUUCCGACCGCACCACUGCCACUCGCCCCGCGACGCAGCCCCAGGUUGCUGAAGUCGAGGAAGAGGACGCUGCCCGUGCCGCCGACGGCCAGAAACAGCCUCGGACCCGCAAGGGUAAGGGAGGCGGGUUCUUCAUUCAGUCGUCACCCGGGAAGGCGAGCGAAUCUGAGUCCCCAAAGUCACAACCGUCACCUGUCGUUGCACCGGUUACAUCAACGAAGGCCCCGCCGGGUGGAACUGCUGGCCCCAGCCGUCCCACGCCACCGUCGGGAGAAUCUGAAUCCUCAAACGCUAUUGUCAUGAACAAGAAGAAGGACCCUCGUCGUGCGAUCUCGAUGGCGACCAUGCACGGUCGCUUCCAGGGCGAGAAGCGCCGCGCCGCUCAAGCAAUCGCCGCCCGUAACGCGGAGGACGAUUCAACGACUGCGGCGGAAGACGACAACGAUGACGAGUGGGAGGACGAUGAUGAUGAAGACGACGAUGACGGCUGGGAGGAUGAAACGCCCAGCGAUCCCAAGCCGGUUCAGGCUCAGCCCAUGGUCCGCCAGACGAGCCGCGGCCUUCAGCUGCCGCCCAUCCAACUGCCCGUUUCGGCUGCGACCAAGAAGCAGCGUCAGGCAGAGAAGGCGCGGCUGGAGGCUGAACGCGAAGCCCAACGUCAGAGGGAAAUGUUCGCGAAACAGCAGAUCUUUGGUCAUCCUCAGGGCGGCGAAGGUCUGCUGACGCGCCAGUUCAAGACGGGCAAGAGCAUGGUGGAUCUGACCAAGGCGGGCGAGGAGCCCUCGGCGCCCCCAGGACUGCGACGAGCGCCGACCCACGCCAACUUUUCCACGAUGGGCCAGUCGCCGACCGCGGGCCCGCCGAACCUGAUGCGUUCCAAGUCGACGGCGGCAAUGCCCGUCCAGACGGGUGUCAGCGUGACGUCCCGCCGGAGCCACAAUUCCGGACACAGCGACGAGAAGCGCGGCCCCGAGGGCGUGGAAAUGGAAUCCUCGGAUGAAUCUGACGAGGACGACUACCUCGCGUCGACGGCCGUGGAGCGCAAGCUGAACCAGCUUGCGGCGAAGCGAGCCGCCAAGGACAGUGGCGCAAACAGCGUGCCGAUCGUACCUAACGGCAGCGCUUCGGGACAGGCCCUGGACGAGAACGGGGUCGUCCGCCCGCUCUCCCCCACGACGCGACGGCGCACGAUCAUCAUGCGCGAAAUGUCGGAGAGCCUCCGAAGGAACAUUAUCCUGGAACGCGAAAAGUCCUCGGGCGGCGUGGGGCCGCAUACCCGCCCGCCACCCUCGACGCACAUGAGCCGGCUGCCGACGAGCAACUCUGCAGUCAACCUCGCCCAGUACCGUGACGGCAGGCAUGGGCCGCCAUUAUCGCGGCACAACAGCAACUUCCAGCUCAGCACGGGCGGGGAGGAGCUGCGCGGCCCCGAGCUAGAGCGGCACAACAGCCACCCAGACCUAAUCCAAACUCGGGGUCAUUACGAGUAUCCGCGCAACCCGGCCAGUUCCUCGGGCGGAUCGCGGAGCACCUCCCCUCUGCAGCCAACAGCCUCCAUCUCGCCCGAGACUUCGCGGAAGCGCGCCAACGUCCUCGGGGGCGGCUUCUUACGCCCCCUGACGCGGGCAACAGACGAGGCAUCCAGCCACGCCCUGGGCCGGACGCAGAGCAGUCUCUCCAUCAACGGAAGUCAUGGCGGUCAUGGGAGUGGAUCGGGCAGCGAGCGCGCCGGCCCCGGCGUCCACGGCACGCAGCAGCGAAGCGUCACCCUCAAUGGCCCCCCCGGGCGGCGCGGGAGCGACCGCAGCAUCGCCUCCGCGACCGCCAUGGUGAGGUCUAGCACGGAGGGGGACCAGAAGGAGAUGGAGCGCGCGCGCGUACGCCGCGAGCUUGCGCGCCGCGACGAUACGAGUUACAGGAGUCAUGGGUGGUAG